UCCAAUGGCUAGUCCACGUCUUGUUCACAUUUCAGUUUGUAUAAACCGUAAGCUAGCUAAAAAAGUAAGAAUAAACCAAAGGCAGAGCAACAAUAUAUCCAAAAGUGACACGGCAAAGCCAAAGCAAAGCACCUUUAAAAGCAAAACAGUCUGCUGCAAAAAAACACAAUCAAAACAUUCUCAGUCUGAAUCAAAAUACUUUACUUAACACCCAUAAAUAUCCAUCAACACCCACAAAUCUCUUUCUCAAAUCAAAAAAAAAAAAAAACCUCCAUUCUCUUUCUCCCCUUUUCUCAAAAAAAAAUAAAAAAUAAAAAUCACCAAUGGGUCUCUGUUUUAGUAAAGAAUGUUGCUGUCCACAUUAUAGAGAUGUCCCAAUUUCAUCAUCUCCAUCAGAAUCUCCGGAAUAUCAUCCAAUUCCCGUAUUAUCUCAAAAAUAUCCACAAGAAUCACCACCAUCACGAACACCAGCACCAGCACCAGCACCAGCACCAGCGCCAACAUCUUCUUUGAUGCCUACGCCUAGGACUAGUACUUUCAUGUCAUCAACUUCUGAAAUUGGUCCAAUUUUAGGCAAGCCAUAUAUAGAUAUAAAAACAAUCUAUGAUCUUGAUAAAGAAUUGGGUAGAGGUCAAUUUGGUAUUACAUAUCUUUGUAGUGACAAAUCCACUGGAUUGAAAUACGCAUGUAAAUCAAUUUCAAGAAGGAAAUUGGUAAGUCCAAAGGAUAUUGAAGAUGUUAGAAGGGAAGUUACAAUACUUCAGUAUUUAAGUGGACAAUCAAAUAUUGUGGAAUUUAAAGGUGCUUAUGAGGAUAAAAAUAAUCUGCAUUUGGUUAUGGAAUUGUGUUCUGGUGGUGAGCUUUUUGAUAGGAUAACAGCAAAAGGGAAUUAUUCAGAGAAAGAAGCAGCAAGAAUUGGAAGACAAAUUGUCAAUGUGGUUCAUGUUUGUCAUUUUAUGGGAGUGAUGCAUAGAGAUCUUAAACCUGAGAAUUUCUUGAUGGUUAGUAAGGAUGAUGAUUCUCCAUUGAAGGCUACUGAUUUUGGGCUCUCUGUUUUCAUUGAAGAAGGAAAAAUUUACAAGGAUAUUGUUGGAAGUGCAUAUUAUGUUGCUCCAGAGGUGUUGAAGCGCAAGUAUGGGAAGGAGAUAGAUGUAUGGAGUGCUGGAGUUAUUUUGUACAUUUUAUUAAGUGGAUUUCCUCCCUUCUGGGCUGAGAAUGAAAAGGGCAUAUUUGAAGAAAUUGUUAAAGGUCAAUUGGAUUUUGAAUCAUCUCCAUGGCCUUCUAUCUCUGCCUCAGCAAAGGAUCUUGUGAGGAAAAUGUUGAUACUGGAUCCUAAAAAACGGAUCACGGCAAAUGAAGCCCUGGAACAUCCGUGGCUCAAGAAAGACGGUGAUGCAUCAGACAAGCCUAUUGAUAGUGCUGUUUUAUUAAGGCUGAAGCAAUUCAGAGCAAUGAACAAGAUGAAGAAACUUGCUAUUAAGGUUAUAGCGGAAAGCUCAUCAGAAGAAGAAAUCAAGGGACUGAAGCAGAUGUUCAAUAACAUGGAUACUGAUGGGAGCGGUACAAUCACGUACGAAGAACUUAAAUCAGGGCUGUCUAGGCUAGGAUCCAAGCUCACUGAAGCUGAAAUAAAACAACUGAUGGAAGCAGCAGAUGUUGACAACAGUGGGACUAUAGACUACAUCGAGUUCAUUACUGCUAUGAUGCAUCGACACAAACUUGAGACAGAAGAGAACUUGAAUAAGGCUUUCCAGUUUUUUGACAAGGAUAAUAGCGGAUUUAUUACAAGAGAUGAACUUAGACAUGCUAUGGAAGAAUAUGGAAUGGGGGAUGAAGCUACAAUAGAUGAAAUCCUAGAUGAUGUUGACACAAACAAAGAUGGGUUAAUUAACUACGAAGAAUUUGUCGCCAUGAUGAGAAGAGGAACGGUUGAUGAAGUGAGGCAAAGAUGAAAUUGACCAUUUCUUCAUCUGUAUGAUAGUUACAAGCAUUUUCCAUGAAUAAGAUUCUUCCAUUGUGUAAAAAUUGUAAGUGAAAUAACAGCAGUUUCAGAGGGAGAGGAGUGUUCAGUUCUUUGUGCAACCAGAAACUUGUUUAUAACUGUAUUUGAAUAUUGAAUUGAGUGAUAAAAAUGCAAUGAAGUGCAUCUUGCUUUAUUAAGGUUUUACCCAUGUAAAAUUAAGUGAAAGUUAAAUAAGAAUACACACAAAAUCAUGUUUAAGAUUUCA